AUGAAUGGUGUGUCCAAUAGAUGUAGUCAUGGAUUGCGUCAUACGUUUGAAGUGGAGUUGCAUUUGAAGCCUGAAGCAGACAUAGCCCUCAUUGGUCUGGCAGUUAUGGGACAGAAUCUCAUACUGAAUAUGGCUGACAAUGGAUUCACUGUGUGUGCGUACAACAGGACGACCUCAAAAGUGGACGAUUUCUUGGCCAAUGAAGCCAAAGGCAAGUCAGUGGUUGGCGCCCAUAGUAUUAAGGAGAUGGUGUCC